AUGGCUUCGAGCUCUCGUUGCGAUGCGUACACACUCAAGGUCGCCGCCGUCGUCUCCUUCUACAUGACGGCCGCCUUGGUGAUGGUCUUCGUGAACAAGGCGGUCCUCAACAAUUCUCCGGACCUUCCGCUCCUUUUCCUUCUUCUGCAACUCAUCAUCGCUGUGGUGCUCCUGCAUGCCUCUGCUGCGAUCACCUCUCGGGUCGAACUGCCCAAGCUAGAGCUCCAAACUGCUCGAAAACUCGUCCCGGUCGUGUCCGUUAAUAUAAUUGGCCUUGUCUUUAAUACUCUCUGCCUCAGAGGCGUAGAAGCGUCCUUUUUCCAGAUUGCUAGAGGUCUGAACCUUCCUCUGACCAUCUUCGUAUCUUCCAUCCAUACACACUCUAAACCCUCGUCACGAGUCAUCCUCGCAGCCGCCGUCGUCACAUUCGGUUUCUUGAUGGGCGUGGCCCCCUCAUCCACAUUGCCUACCUCUUCCAUUCCUUCUACUUUGUCCCUUUUCUACGGGUUUCUAUCCUCUGUUUUCAUCGCUUUGCAUGCUGUACUGAUCAAGUCUUCCCUCCCUUACUGCAACAAUUCGACUAUCCAAUUGGCAUACUGGACUAACUUGGGCUCCGUCGCACUCCUCUUGCCCUUCGUCUUUCUCCACGGUGAAUUCUCUAUUCUCGAGGAUCUCGUUCAUGACUCUACCUGGGACCCUAAUGUAUACUUGUGGGGAAGUCUCAUAACGGGUAUCUUCGGCUUCCUGCUCUGUGUGGCCGGUUUGCUAAGCAUCAAGGUCACGAGCCCGAUCACCCACAUGUUUUCCAGCGCUGCACGGACUGUUAUCCAAACAGUAUUGGGUGUUUGGUUAUUCAAUGACAUUCUGACUGCAAAUCGUGCCGCUUCGAUUCUUCUGAUUCUUCUAGGAACAAUGUAUUACACGUGGAUAAAGUCGGCCGAGACAGUCGCUCCCCCUCCGCCCAGAAGGCAGAACGACGUGGAAGCCCUUGAGAAUGGUCGGGUCGGGAUUCCCAAAGAUCCCGAUAGUGAAAUGACGAUUAUUUUCAACGCACCCGAGGAGGAUAAGCAAUAG